AUGAGACUUCCAACAUUAAAUCUUUUACAAUCAGAUCAAUCAUUAUUAAUUACUAAUCAAUGGACACUUCUCACAAAUUUAUUACAUUGUUAUAAAGAAUCACAGAUACUACCGUUCAGUCAACGUUUAAUAGAUGCACAUGAUGAUUUAAAAUCUAAUUAUGUGAUUUACAAAGGACUUGUAGAAGAAUUCUUAGUAUCGAUUUACAAAACAGUAGAGCAAUAUCUUUGUUUCAAUGAUGAUCUUCGUAAAUUAUCAUCGAAUGAUCGUUCCAUAAUACUUCGUAGUGCUGCUGACAAUUUGUGCUGUAUGAGUGGUGCAUUCAUUAUGCAACAUUGUCAUUUAUAUGAUCUUGAUGCUUACUUGAAAGUUAUAAAUGAAAAGUUUGGAAAAUCUCCAAUGAAUAUUCAUUUUUGGGCAAGAAAAUUUGUUGAUCGAGAUAUUGUAUUGGUCAAACUGUCUCUUUCAUUAUUCGCUUUCUCUGAAAACACUUGUUGUUAUUAUUCAAAUACUUCAGAUAAUUUAACAAAUCCUAUUGAUAUUUUAGAGAUUCAAAACAAGUAUGUAGAAGUAACAUGGAAAUAUCUUCUCUACAAAUAUGGUUACUACAAUGCUAUGAAACGAUUUCUUAAUAUAACUCUUUGGCUUGCAUCUAUGAAUAUUUUAGCGGUUCAUGCUCAAUCUCUGCCAGUACAUGUUCAUAAUGUUAAUUCAAUUAUUGAGCAAACUGAAUUGACACUUAUUUUAGAUGAUGUUGAUCAAAUAAUUGAAAUAAAUCAGUAG